AAAAGUCAAGAAAUGUCUACCAAUUUAAAAUACCUUUCCUUGGGCAUCCUGGUUUUUCAGACCACAAGUUUAGUCUUGACCAUGCGUUAUUCUCGGACGCUGAAAGAAGAAGGACCGCGUUACUUAUCCUCUACUGCAGUAGUUAUUGCUGAACUUCUGAAGAUUUUGGCCUGUGUUCUAUUGGUCUACAAAGACAGCAAGUGCAAUUUACGGACUCUGAACAGAGUGCUACAUGAUGAAAUCCUUAACAAACCCAUGGAAACUCUUAAGCUUGCUAUUCCUUCAGGAAUUUAUACUCUUCAGAAUAACUUGCUCUAUGUAGCAUUGUCAAACCUAGAUGCAGCCACAUACCAGGUUACAUAUCAACUGAAAAUUCUUACCACAGCAUUAUUUUCUGUGUCCAUGUUAAGCAAGAAAUUGGGCAUAUACCAGUGGCUUUCAUUAGUAAUAUUGAUGACAGGAGUGGCACUUGUGCAGUGGCCUUCAGACUCUCAAGCAACAGCUGCUAAGGAGCAUUCAGCAGGAUCUCAGUUUGUAGGCCUGAUUGCGGUUCUUAUAGCAUGCUUUUCUAGUGGAUUUGCUGGGGUGUAUUUUGAGAAAAUUUUAAAGGAAACUAAGCAGUCUGUGUGGAUCAGAAAUAUUCAGCUUGUGUCUUUUUCUUCGGAGCCGUCCUUGUAAUAGCAGCUACUUUCCUGUACGGUUAUGAUCCCAAACCUGCAGGAAAUCCCAUUAAGGCAUAGCAUACUUCCUCAUCAACCUGCUUCUCAAGAUCAUGCACUGGGGGCCUUGCUAACAAUGGCAUGUGGAAAGUGUCAUUGUCCACUGCAAGGAAAGGAUUACUACCCUGAGUCUAUUGAAGAAAUGCUUAUGAGUAGUUUUGAACAGCCAGAGGGGUUAAAGGUGGAUGAUGAUACUGUCUGUAACUGAUGGAAAAAAAAUGGCAGGGGGAUGCCCAGUGCAACUUGCUAAUAAAAACUUGAAAGGAACAAAAAGUUUCCAAGAAACUGCAAUUAGGAAUGUUUACAGCUUUGACUGGGAUUGCAUCAAAAGAAUUUACUGUAUUGACUGCUGCAGAAAUAUGUCCUAUGCACUCUUUGAAAGAGCACAUGACAACGUUGUCAGAUUGUAUGUUUUUGCAAUUUGACUGUAUUUAAUCUUAGUAAAUAUGUUUUUAACUGUUUGUCUAUUUACAUGAAAUCAGCUGAAUACACAUCAUAGUUCUAAAGUGAUGGUUCUAAUUAGAUAUCCCUUAUUAAAACUGUGAAGAUUGAAGUAUGAUUGAAAGACACUUUCACAAUAGCAAAUAUUUUUAUAUUUUUAGAAGGCAGAUUUAAUAACAGAAAUCUGUUCUGUUGCUUAUAUAAAACUAUUGUAAGAAUGUUAACAUUCUCACCUAAGUACACAAAGGGAGAAAUUCAGAGUGAAAGCUGGAAAUCUAUGUUGAUACUCCAGCCUUCAUCCGGAGAGCCUGUAGCCAACAGAUGCAAUAACUCUGGGAAUACAGGCCAGAGGUUACUGCACUAACCUGGCACUAAGAGUAGGGUUUUGAUGGAGUCCUUGCUCAGAUGUAAUGUUCAUUCUUUUUAUUGAUUAUAUAUCAACUUGUUGGUAGAACCUUU